UUAUCAUGUGACCUGGAUGAUCACAUGAGUUUAACUUUUGUACUUAUCUACGGGCGAGCAGGCUUUAUAUAAAGGUGGAUACCAUCGUUUUCUGUUGAAAAGUUCGUUCUACCGUACAGACAAAGGAUAUAAACAACUUUGCAAUGAAGGCCUUUAUUCUCCUACUGACAGUUGGGACAGCUUGCUGUCUGAAGUUUGACUUCCAUGAUCAUUACUUCACGGAGGCGUUCGUUAACUACCAUAACUCAAGGUCUGAUGUCACGUGGAAGGCUACCACAGAGAACUUCAAGAAUGUUCCAGCGGUUGGCAGAAUGAACUACGUUAAGGACCUUUGUGGAACAUUUUCUGCCCCGGAAGAACAGCGGCUCCCUGUUAAGGAUAUCGAGGUCACAAGCGUCCCUGACUCAUUUGAUGCCCGUACCCAGUGGCCAAACUGCCCAUCCUUGAAGGAGGUUCGAGACCAGGGUGCCUGUGGAUCAUGCUGGGCUUUUGGGUGUGUCGAGGCUGCCACGGAUAGAAUUUGCGUGCAGUCCGGAGGAAAGAUGAACUUCCACAUCUCUGCUGAGGACCUAACCAGCUGUUGCCACACUUGCGGAAAUGGAUGUAAUGGAGGAUUCUUGGAGGGUGCCUGGAACUAUUUGAAACAUGAUGGUCUUGUAACUGGUGGACAGUACAACAGCAAACAGGGUUGCCAGCCAUACGAGAUUAAGGCAUGCGAUCACCACGUCGUUGGCAAACUUGCCCCAUGCAAGGGAGAUGGCCCCACACCUCGCUGUAAAAAAACCUGUGAGGCGGGAUAUAACAACACAUUUGAGAAGGACAAGCACUAUGCCACGUCUGCCUACGCUGUGGAGGGUGUUGAGAAGAUUCAGACAGAAAUCAUGACCAACGGUCCUGUAGAGGCUGCGUUCACUGUGUAUGCUGAUUUCCCAACAUAUAAGUCAGGCGUAUAUCAGCAUAAGACUGGCGGUGCCCUUGGAGGUCAUGCCAUCAAGAUUCUGGGCUGGGGCGUAGAGGAUAGCACCCCAUAUUGGCUUGUUGCUAACUCCUGGAACGAGGACUGGGGUGACCAGGGAUUCUUCAAGAUUUUGCGCGGUCAAGAUGAGUGCGGUAUCGAGUCCAACAUCGUCGCUGGUAUGAUGAAACUGGCCUAGAACACUAGGGUGACACAUGGACAUUCCAUUCUGGUGCAUUUGUUAUUCCACUUUGGUGCCAUUGUUUAACAAAGCUAUGCAAGUUUUUGAAGGAAAAUAUCAUUGUCAGAGAUUGUUACUUGAUAAAAAUAACUUGAUUGCUUCAUCCAAAUGUUAAUUUCAAUGUUUUUUUGCCCAAUUAACCAUUAAGAUAUGUAAAAGUUAUCUGACAAAAUGGGUAUUUCAUGAUUAUAAUUGUGAUAGGUACCUGUAGUGCGCUCCAUUGCUGUAAACUGGUAAACUGUGUUUUAAAGCUUU